UCCUCCGGGGAAGGGGAGGUUGCAUUCCUGCUCUCUUCACUCCUGGGGUUGCUCGCGCCAAUUGAGGUCUGGGGCUUUACUGCCCCGAGAGGGACCAGUUACUUCACCUAUAGGUGCUGUCGCUCUGUCGACUGCACUGUGACCUGCACUGUUCGCGGGACCUUUAGAGAGGAUAACGGGAUACCUGGAAGCCAGGAAAUGGAUUCGGUGGCCUUUGAGGAUGUGGCUGUGAACUUCACCCAGGAGGAGUGGGCUUUGCUGGAUCCUUCCCAAAAGAAUCUCUACAGGGAAGUGAUGCAGGAAACCUUGAGGAACCUGAUCUCCAUAGGAAAAAGAUGGAGCAAUCAGAAUGCUGAAGAUAAGCACCAAAAUCCCAGGAGAAAUCUAAGGAGACUUAUAGGAGAGAGACUCUUUCAAAGUAAAGAAAGUCAUCAACAUGUAGAAGUCUUGACCCAGGUUCCAGAUGACAUGUGGAGGAAGAAAGCUCCUCCUGGAGUAAAAUCAUAUGAAAAUGGUGUGUGUGGAGAAAUCGGCAUGGGUCUUUCUUCCCUUAAUAGGCACCUCAGAGCCUUCAAUUAUUCUAGUAGCCUUGCAAUACAUGGAAGAGCUCACACUGGGCAAAAGCCUUAUGAAUGUAGGGAAUGUGGAAAAACAUUCAGGUUUCCCAGUUCUGUUCGUAGACAUGAAAAAAUCCACUCUGCAAAAAAACCCUUUGAAUGUAAGCAAUGUGGGAAAGCAUUAUCUUAUCUAGUAAGCUUUCAAACACACAUGAGAAUGCACACUGGAGAGAGGCCUCAUAAAUGUCGCAUAUGUGGGAAAGCCUUUUUUUCUCUGAGUUCAUUAAAAAGACACGAGAAAACUCACACUGGAGAGAAACGCUAUAAAUGCAAGCAAUGUGGUAAAGCCUUCAAUUGUCCCAGUUCCUUUCAAUAUCAUGAAAGGACUCACAGUGGAGAGAAACCCUAUGAGUGUAAGCAAUGUGGGAAAGCCUUCAGAUCUGUCAAGUACCUGCGAGUGCAUGAAAGAAAACACACUGGAGAGAAACCCUAUGAGUGUAAGCUAUGUGGUAAGGCCUUUAUUUCUUCCACUUCCUUUCGCUAUCAUGAAAAGACUCACACUGGAGAGAAACCUUAUGAAUGUAAGAAAUGUAAGAAAGCCUUCAGUUAUGUCAAGGAUCUUCGAGUACAUGAAAGGACACACACUGGAGAGAAACCCUAUGAAUGUAAACAAUGUAAGAAAACCUUCACUUCUUCUAAUUCUUUUCACUAUCAUCAAAGGACUCACACUGGAGAGAAACCCUAUGAGUGUAAGCACUGUGGGAAAGCUUUCAGAUCUGCCUCAAUCCUUCAAAAGCACAUAAGAACUCACACAGGAGAGAAACCCUAUGGAUGUAAGCAAUGUGGUAAAGUCUUCACAGUUGCCUCACAACUUAAAAUGCAUGAAAGGACUCACACUGGAGAGAAACCCUACGAGUGUAAGCAAUGUGGAAAAGCCUUCAUUUCUUCCAAUUCCAUUCGCUAUCAUAAAAGGACUCACACUGGAGAGAAACCCUACAAAUGUAAACAGUGUGGAAAAGCUUUCAUUUCUUCCAACUCUUUUCUCUAUCAUGAAAGGAUUCACACUGGAGAGAAACCCUAUGAGUGCAAGCAAUGCGGUAAAGCCUUUAGAUCUGCCUCAAUCCUUCAAAAGCAUGUAAGGACUCACAUUGGCUAGAAACAAUGGGAUAUAAGCAAUAUGGUAAGACUCUUUCAAAGUAAAGAGUCUUUAGAUGGGACUCAAAACUUCAAAUACAUGGAAGGACUUACUUUAGAGACACCCAUAAUCUCAGCAUUUUGGAAUGCCAAGACAGGAGGAAUGCUUAAGCUGAAGAGGUCGAGACCAGCU